UGCUGAGCUGCUGAAGGGGUGGUUACAGCCCAAGUGAGGAAAUGUUUGCAUAAAUCCUAUGUAGGCAGAUUCUCACCUAGAAAAAGCCGGCGUUUCUGCCAAAAUAUUCAGCAUCUCUCUGGCAUCCACCACAAGAAAAUUGUCAGACUUGAUUGGUCCGGAAGGGAAAGGCUUUUGCUUUCAUUUCAAUGGGUUUGGUGCCAGUGUAUUUCCCUGGCAGUGAUGUGAGAGGUGACCGGGUGAGUUCACUGACCGUGGAGAUGCCUACACAGGGAACAUCUUUGCUGCUUCUUCUUCAACAGAGAGUACCAUUACUGAAGAAAAAACAAUUUUCAUGAUGGAAGGCCACUAGAAGGAAAUCCGGUAAAGACCAUGACUUUUAAAAUCAAAGGCGGAAGAGAAAAUCAAGUUUGGUAUUUGAAAAUAUCAAAACUAGCCUUGGCUUUUGCAAUUAUCCACUCAAAACCACCAGGGAAGAGUUGCAGAGAAUACACUGAGCACCUUGCCAAAACUCUGUCCGAACAAGAUUUUGGAUGGAAAUCAAAAGCUGAAGCACUGGAGGCUGAAGUUCUUCGAUUACGUCAGGAACUUCUCUUGAACAAGAUCUGUCCGAGAUUCUGCUUGCAAAAUGGAAAACCAGAUGCUUCUGCUGAAACUCUUCUGGAUGAGGAACGUAUAAACCCUCUGAGUAACUCAAGCCAGCUGGAAGACUCCGGAUGUGAUGUCUCUAAUGACUGCGCCUUCGAUUCUUUAGGCACAGCUUCUGAUUUUCCCCAGUCUGAACCCGAUGUCAACACUUCUAACCGUUGGUUGGAAAGAGUUCCCCCGUUGGAUCUUUGCUGUACGAGCAAGGAGGAAUCCCUGGCUGCUCCCGUACAGUUUUUGCAACAUCUGCUUGAAAUAAGAAAACUGUCAGAAGCAGGAAUUCUUCAAGCAGACUUCACCGAGCUGGAGAACGAUUCUUUCACCAUAUGCAAUUCAGUGUCUCGCUUGCUUGACGGACUGACUGUUUUUUACAACAGCCCUAAAAUUCCAGUUUCAAAUCUUCUUAGCGAAGCUGUUCGUGUUUUGAUCAGUUUAAUAACUGAUAGUAAAUUAUCUAAUCAUGUUUUGAAGAAGUGUUUCAAGAAGCUGGAAGAAUUUAAGAAAAAUCUGAUUAAGAUUAUUUUAAGAAGCAGCGGUGUCAAUAGGUUUCAGGCAUUGCACGCUGUGUCGCACACACUGGGCUUGCUGGCAAGGAACAAGGUGCUAAGAAAUUCUUUAAUAUCUCUUCUACUCCCUGAAGUCCGUCAGUUUGCGGAGCGGCUGUUGGAAGCUCACCAGGUCCAGGCCAUGUAUGACAUCACCCAGUACGAGAAUAUUUUCACUUUGUGCACGAUUCUGGAACAGCUUCUUCAAAAUGACACAGAAGACCGUAAUGUUUCAAGCUCGGACUAUGAUGGAGAGGAAAAAACCAAAUUUCUGAAGAACCUUGAUCAAAUUAUUCUUCACCUCUCGGAUGAAUUCCCGUUGUUUUCUUUAUAUUUGUGGAGAGUGAGUGUUCUUUUGAACUCUGCUCAAAUACAAAUGGAUUAAAAGAAGGAGCCAGCUUUUUAACAGUGCCUUUGGGCUGGGAUUGGAAAAUUUUAGAGCCAGACAGGAAAAUUGUGGUUAUUGGAUAGCAUUUACUUUAGGCGACUGUGCUAUACAGCAGUUUCAGGGAUAAUGUUAUUUAUUUCCAAUUUUUAAAUACAGAAGAAAUGUAAUAACCCAGGUGCCAGUUUAGAUAAAUACUGUUUCUCUUCAUAGCAAACUGCGUGUUGGUGCUUGAAUACACAGUGCAAAUGGUAACCAGGAAAGUUCUUUCAGGAGAUGUUUAAAAUGAGCACUAUGAAUUUUACAGUCAAGACAUAACGUGUCUGUAAAAGCUUCCAAGUUGGGAAACCAAUGCCUGCCUUUUCAGAGUUGUAGGGCUUCUGUGUGCUUUAGAGACUAGGAGUGGUUGGCAGAAAUAAAAAUGUUUCUUUUUUUCAUAGUAAUAAUCAAAUAUAACAGAAACUGUCUUAAAAAUAAAAGGCCUUUAAAAAUAGCAAUUCAGCAAUACCUUAACUGAUCCAGUCUGAUAAAUUUCAAGGGUAACUAUUGUGAUGACCAGCAUUUUCUUUCAAAUAGAUAAACAACAUUUUUGUUUUGUUCUGUCCCCUCAUAGUGUGUAUUCACCAUAAAUAUAAAACAUUUUUAAUAGUAGUCCUUAUGCUUCCCCUUCUUUCUUCAGAUCCAUUUUUAUUUCACAAAAAUUCUCUGAAACACUGCUUUUUUAACACUGUAAAUAAUUUAAAUAAUUUAUCUUGUUAAUGUGAAUGUCU